CUACCACGAAACAGCUGAGUAACCCAGAGGAAGCACUCAACCAAGGACUCAUACGCAUCUCUAGCCUGGGUACAGGCUGUGUUUUCAUAAGUGAGCUUUUUGGUUCAUGAUUUGCCUCUUCUGAGUGUUCUUCAGAGGAAAUAAUGGUGAGGAACAUUGAUGACCUAGAGUUCUGCCUCCCCUCUCACUCAGACUCUAUUCUUUCUGGCCUCAAGUCUCUGCGUUUCAAUCCCAGGCUGUGUGAUGUGACACUGAGAGUCCAAGGUCGUGAGUUUCCCUGUCACCGAGCUGUGCUUGCUCUAUGCAGCCAGUAUUUCCAUGCCAUGUUCACUGGCGAAUUCCAAGAAAGCAUCUCAGCCAAUGUAGAAAUCAAAGAGGUGGAUGCUGAUAUGAUGGAGACUUUGAUUGACUUCUCCUACACCGGCCGGCUUACUAUUAACCAAGGCAAUGUGGAAGGUCUCAUUCGUACCUCCAAUCUUCUCCAUUUUCCAGUUGUACGAAAAGUGUGCAGUCGUUAUUUGCAGCAACAGAUGGAUGCUACCAAUUGUUUGGGCAUCUGGGAGUUUGGUGAAACCCAUGGAUGUCCUGAGGUAACAGCAAAGGCUUGGUCCUUCCUGCAAGAGAACUUUGAAGCAGUUUCACAAGAAGAGGAGUUUCUGCUUCUGCCACCAGAAUGGCUGAUUCGUUACCUGGGGGACCCACUGUUGCAAGUGAGGGAUGAGCAAAGCCGGGCAAAAGCCAUCCUCCAGUGGGUUAGACAUGAUGAGGCGUGCAGGGCCUGCUACCUCCCAGAGCUGCUGAGGUUGGCUAGGCUCUCCAGCUUGACUGAUCUGUAUCUUCAGGAAUUGAUGGAUGUUGAACCAUUGAUCAAUGAGUCAGAGGCCUGCAGAGCCCUAAUAAGCAUAAAUCUUGGGCAGGUGACAAGCGGUUCGACAGAGCCGCCAUCCAUCUCACUUCAAGAGGUGGUGGUGGUGGUGGGAGGAAAAGUUCUGGAGGAAGAAGAAGAAGAAGAUGAUGAUGAUGAUGAAGAGCUACCACCCCGAACCUCUCCAAACUUUGCCUACUACAAUACCAAAAGUAAAACAUGGAUGGCGCUUCCAGAUUUUCCAGAUUAUAAUAAAUGGGGAUUCUCGGUAACUUCGCUGAACAACGAUGUAUAUGUUACAGGUGGAUCCCGGGGGUCUCGCGAUGAUUCAUGGUCUACUCGUCAAGGCUGGCGUUUUGUGUUGAAUGAGGGGCUAUGGAAGCCUAUAUCUCCUAUGAUUAACCCGCGCACCAACCAUGCCAGCACCACUUUGAAUGGAGAAAUAUAUGUCAUAGGAGGAACUUUGCAGGAUGCAGUAGAGGUGGAAUGUUAUGACCCCUACACGGGCACAUGGUCUCCAGUAAGCCCUGCUCUCAAGUACGUCAGUAACUUUGCUGUAGUGGGAUGCAGCGGGAAGCUAUAUUUGAUUGGUUCCUGUGCAAUUAAGUAUAACGCACUGACCCUUCAAUGCUACAAUCCAGCUACAGAUGGCUGGAGCGUCAUUGCAUCUCCUUUUAUCCCCAAGUACUUGUCCUCUCCUCGUUGCUGUGUGCUAGGCGGCGCGAUAUAUCUGGUUGCUGAUAACACAAAGAAAGUUUACAAGUAUUUACCAGAAGCCAACAUGUGGAAAAAGGUACAGCUGCUCCACACACUUCAUGAGAAUGGAGGCAUGACCUCUGUGGGAUCCAGGUUAUACGUGACAGGAGGACACUGGCACGGGAUGGCGCGUGAGUACAGUGUAGUCAUGGAGUCUUAUGACUGCAGCAAAGAUGUCUGGUCUCGAGAAGGGGCCCUUCCAAGCCGCUGGAUGUAUCACUGCUCCACUUCAAUCUUCAUGGACUCUUCUCGCUGGACAGAAAGAUUUCAGGGACAUCCACAUACAGAUGCUUGACAAGUAUCUUUCAUGCAGGACAAUGCAACAAAAUCUUGGACAAAGAACUAAUUCCUCAUUUUUCAGUGGGUCUUCUAAACUAUAUCGCAGGUCCAUCUACAAAAUAUUAUCAGAAUAAACCUGGAACCUGCAGAAACCUGACAUUUAUUGCACAAAUCUAAAAUGAAACAUAAAACAACCCCUUUUGCAUUUAUUUUCAUUGUACUGCUGUAGUGAAUGUAGACCUAUAAUGUUAUAUUUUAGAUUUUUUUUACAUUUAGAAUGACUUAAUAUGUAGAACAUAGAAUGUUACGUUGUUUAUGUUUAUAUUUGUAAACUGCUGUAAAAAGACAAAAGGCAUACAUUUGGAUCAUAAAUAUUAACAUCAAUCAUACAAUUUAAUGAAUAAAAGCUCUAAUACAAAUCUGGGAAAUACCGUAAUAUGCACAACAUUGUUUAC